AUGCCUCGCCGGGCGCUCUGGUGUUUGCUGCUACUGCAGCCGCUGUUGACAGCCGUGGAGCUCACACUGCAGACCAACAGAACAUUUCAGAUAGACUAUGAGAAGGACCAGUUCCUCAAGGAUGGCAAGCCAUUUCGCUACAUCUCCGGGAGCAUCCAUUAUUCCCGAAUACCUCGAUUCUACUGGAAAGAUCGCCUUCUCAAGAUGAAGAUGGCAGGGCUCAAUGCCAUCCAAACAUAUGUGCCUUGGAACUUCCAUGAACCCCUUCCGGGAGUGUAUCGGUUCUCUGAUGAUUACGAUUUGGAGUAUUUCCUCCAGCUUGCUAAUGUGAUUGGGCUAUUAGUUAUCCUGAGGCCAGGACCGUACAUCUGUGCAGAGUGGGACAUGGGUGGCUUACCUGCUUGGCUUUUGACGAAAAAGUCAAUUGUUCUCCGUUCUUCUGAUCCCGAUUAUCUUGCAGAGACCGAGAAGUGGUUGGGAGUCCUUCUGCCUAAGAUGAAGCCUUACCUCUAUCAAAACGGAGGGCCAAUUAUAACAGUCCAGGUUGAAAACGAAUAUGGAAGCUACUUUACUUGUGAUUAUAACUACCUUCGUUUUCUCCAAAAACUCUUCCACAAAUACCUUGGGGAAGAAGUGGUUCUCUUCACUACGGAUGGAGCCAGUGAGGAAUACUUAAAGUGUGGGACUCUGCAGGGUCUCUAUGCUACGGUGGACUUUGGAACAAGUAGUAACAUUACGGAAGCCUUUCAGUCCCAGAGGAAGAGUGAACCCAAAGGACCCUUGAUCAAUUCAGAGUUCUACACAGGAUGGUUAGACCACUGGGGUGAACCUCACCAAACGAUCAAUACCGAAGCAAUCAUCUCCUCUCUCAAAGACAUGCUUUCUCGAGGUGCUAAUGUUAACAUGUAUAUGUUCAUAGGUGGGACCAAUUUUGGCUUCUGGAAUGGAGCCAAUACACCCUACUCACCACAGCCUACCAGCUAUGACUACGACGCCCCAUUGAGUGAAGCAGGGGACCUCACAGACAAAUACUUUGCUCUGAGAGAACUUAUUGGAAAGUUUGAAAAACUGCCAGAAGGACCAAUUCCUCCAACAACCCCCAAGUUUGCCUAUGGAAAAGUUGCUAUGAAGAAGGUAAAUACACUGGACCAGUCUCUCAAUGUUUUGUGUCCUGAAGGGCCAAUAAAUAGCACUUAUCCCUUAACAUUUGUCGAGGUGAAACAGUAUUUUGGAUUCGUGCUCUACCGAACAACACUUCCUAAAAACUACAGUGAACCAGUGUCCCUUUCUUCACCCCUCAAUGGAGUCCGUGACCGGGCCUAUGUUUCUGUGAAUGGGGUCCCCCAAGGAAUUCUUGAGAGAAAUAAGGUGUUAUCUAUAAAAAUAACUGGAAAAGCUGGUGACAUUCUGGAUGUGCUUGUAGAAAACCUGGGGAGAAUCAACUAUGGAAGAUACAUCAAUGACUUUAAGGGUCUGAUUUCCAAUUUAACCCUUCAGUCAGUUACUCUGAAAGAUUGGUUGAUAUUCCCACUCAAUUUGGAUACUGCAGUGCAGAAUGAUUUGGGAAGCCAUGAAACUUCAAGCAAUAAUUCCAGCCUGUCUCUCCCAACUUUCUAUGUUGGUCAGUUUUCUAUUCCUUCUGGAAUUCCAGAUUUGCCUCAGGACACCUUUAUCCAGUUUCCCAAUUGGAGCAAGGGACAGGUGUGGAUCAAUGGCUUUAACCUUGGACGCUACUGGCCAUCCCGGGGCCCCCAGGUCACUCUGUAUGUCCCAAGACACAUACUUGUUACAUCUUCCCCAAACAACAUUACUGUGUUGGAACUGGAGAGGUCUCCGUGCGAGGAGCAGAGCAAGUGUUUUGUGGAGCUGGUGGACAAGCCCGUGCUCAAUGUCCUUCCAUCUUCAAAGAAGUCCUGGAAUGUUAUCAAUGCAGUGUGAAGGCUGGAUGAAUGGUUCAUGACGUCUCCAGAAGGGUCAUCCUCUUGGGCUCUUUGACUGUUUUUAUAGCACCUAAUUAAUCUAAAAUAGAUUUUUACACAGACUGAUUGGAAAAUUGCGUGCCUGGCUACGUGCGUGUAUGUGUGUACAUACUUGUGUGCGUGUAUAUUAAUCGUUAGGGUUGGUUUUACUUGAAAUUGUGAACCCCUGAAGUUCAAGAACCAAGCCUACCCAACAAUACAGAAAACCCUGUAGUGCCUAUUGCCUCUACAGGGUCAUUGUACCCUGUGAGCUCCCUGUGAAAGUUUGGUAUCAAUAAUCAUGGAAAUAGAACAGUAAAGCGCACACUCAAGAGUUUUUUAUUUUGCCUGAAGUAUUUUUUUGAUUUAUUUGCACUUGAAAUUUAUGGGGAAGAAAAUUGUAUUCCCUGAAUAAAAUUUCUACGCAUUU